CGCGCGGCCUACUAUACAGUAUGCUGGAAGCCCAGCCAAACUGGGCGGAGGCCUGCAAAGCUAGACAGAUAUUUCCGCGUCGGUAGAAAACAUGCGGGGAUGUUGCAGACAGUUGGGGCGAUGGACUUUUGGUUUGAUUACGCAGCUGGCUGCAAGAAGACUAAGCGACUGCGGUGGGCGAGGGAUAAGCCGCCUGGCAUGGAGCCACCGCGAGAGCGUCCUGCAGCGAUUUGAAUCGGGGGCAGGCGUCGGUCCCUUCUGCCGUUCGGGCUAUCUAAAAAACAGGAGACAGAUUGAUUGUCACUUUUGCACAGCUGAGGAUCAUAACAUCUCCUACCAACAACUCAAAGAUUUGUUGGAAUCAAAGGCCAUCUGCCUUAUUGAUGUUAGAGAAAAAUGGGAAAUCGCAGAGCAUGGAAAAAUUCCUGGAUCAAUCAGUAUUCCAUCUGGAGAAGUUGAGAAAGCUUUACAGAUGGACCCAGUACACUUUAAAGAGAAAUACAGUCAAGAUAUGCCUUCUAAAUCAGAUCAUGUAGUGUUUUCCUGUCUGGCUGGGGUGAGAAGCAGCCAGGCUCUAACUGUUGCAAAAUCACUGGGUUUCAGCAGAGUUCAGCAGUACCCUGGUGGCUUCAGUGAGUGGCUGGAGUAUGAAUCUUCAAGGAAGAAAUGAUGUCUAGCACACACAAAUUCUAUGUAUCCUGAAAGUGCAGAGGGCUAUAGCUAAUGCUAUUUAAUAAAAGUUAAGAAACUAGGUAUAUUAAGACAUGGUUAUUUUGCCAGCAAAAAAAAAGCUGAGAUAUGCUUCAAAUGUUUAGUCUAAUUAACAUCAUGGAAAUCUUUCUGUUUAAAUUUUAACAAUUAAUUUAAACAGAUUUAAGAAAUUUACAACUGAUCAUUGUGAUAAGUUUAGCAAUAAAUAAUGAUAUAAAUUUAACUAAAAUAAAUUGGAAUUAAGUUACGUAUAUCUCUGGGCAUGAAUCAAAGAAAAAAUGUACUGUAAAAUGUUAAACCAUCUCAAAGCUGGGAGGAAAAAAAAUGGCACUAAAAUAUUUAGCCAGGUUAAAGAUGUGAUCCGCCCUUAUUUUCUUCAACUUUAGAUUCAGGAAUUAAGCUACAAUCCUGCUUGUUGCUCUUGACCUUCAAGUAUCUCUAGACAUUAAAUAUUUGCAGAAAUAGUAUUGAGAAACACACUUUUGUCCACUCAGAGGAAACUGAUUAGAGCACAUAUGUAUUAUAUCUGUGAUAAGGUUUCUACACGCUACAUUUAAGUUAGGGACACAAUAUAUUUCUACAUAAACAGGUUCAAUAAAAUUGCAUUCCUCGCUGAGAGAUUACAUUAUAUGAAAAUACUGAACUUUCAGUACAGUGCCUAUGGUAUCAGAACCAUUAUGUCCCACUUUAAGAUAACAAAACUGGUAAAUUAUUGUUCAUUCAUUUGAAUAUGGAAAAUAGCUCUCCAACCUCUGGUGUGUAUUUCUCUUCUCAUACCCACAGAGGAAAGAGGCAAACACAUUACUUGCAACAUUGUGAUAAGGCACUCCAGGGAAAAACUAAAAAUGGAUAAUGUGUCCAUGGGUUUUGAUGCAGUACUUGUAAGAAUUAUUGCUUACAGUUCUGAAAUAAAAUAGGCAACAUUGUUAA